AUGAGUGACAUCAUCCUACCAGAUGCGCCCGCCGCAGAAGAGAGCCGUCCCCAGGACACAUCCACGCCCACUCAAGAUGUGCCCGAUGAAGUAGCGAGUACCCCCUUGAGCAUUGGAGAUGCGGCGUCUCCAGAAGAAAGCCGCCUCCACGACGCAUUUACAACCACUCAAGAUGUUCCUGAUGAAGCGGCGCGCACUCCCCGCAACAUCGAAGAUGCUGCGUCUCCAGAAGAAAGCCGACCCCAGGACGCAGCCGUACUCACCCAAGACGUUCCCGAUGAAGUAGCGCGCACUCCCCAGAACAUCGAAGAUGCGGCGUCCUUGAAAGAAAGCGGUCCCCGGGAAGCAUCCGCAACAACUGAAGACGUGCCCGAUGAGACAGCGCGCACUCCCUGGAGCGUCGACGAGCGCCUUUUCAUCGAGCUGCAAGCCGGCUUUGCACUCGCCGCCGCCACCCUGGACAUUUGCACAGUACUCCCUCCAACAGGCCCGAGCUACUACUAUGUCUUUCGCCGGUUCUUUAGGACUGCAGAUCAAGGUACCUCCGAGACCGCUCCCGAACAGGACGCCUCUACAAUUUCGAGGACCCAAGAAGAGUACCUACUCAAACAGCAAGAGCUGGUACACUGGGCGCUGAGGAAGACAGAUGACUUGGUGCGGAAGGCAAUGAAGACCGGAGAGUUCAUGAGGGGGAAGAUGUGGAUAAUCGAACAGGAAGUCUUCGACCAGUACCGAGAGAUCCGCGAAGAGAUUGGCAUCGAUUUGCCGAUCGAAGACCCGAGACAGAACAACAAGAUGUUCAACUUCCUGUACCAGAUCGUUUGCGCAAGGUUCCCGAAGUCGUUGGGACAUAGUCCUACCAGCUCAGAUGCGGAAGAGAAUCACACCACUACGGGGAAUUCCGACGACGACAUGUAUGAAGGCUCUACCCGUAGCUCUCCGCCUGAUGACGACCUCGAGAUUACAGAGAGCGCUUCGCCGGCGGAGGAAGCCGCACCAGCCACGGAGGAGACCACACGACGGACAAGAACGAGGGCCAGGAAGCCCACCGCCGCCCUCGACGACGACAACGCAUCACCACCGGUCCGUCAGUCCGGUCGAAAAGUCUUUGUAACCGACAAAGCGAAAAAGGCGCAGACGGGUACCAAACGCACUAGGCGCAACACAGUGGUGGAAGAGGAGAGUGAAGAGGAGAAUGAGGAUGGAGAAGAAGACAACGCGGAAGAUGAAGAAGAGGACGAGGGCGGAGCAUCACCGAAGAAGCGCGCGAAGAAGGCCGUCCAGAAGACCGCCAAGAAGACCGCAAAGCCGAAGACCAAGAAGGGCCAUGGACCGAACCGCAAGCAGAACGAUGCCUGGUCGCAAGCAGAGCGCGAGGUCAUCAUAGCGCUCUUCAACAAGAUCAUAGCCGAGAAGGGCCUGAUCUACUGGGCGAACAACAUCAGUGCCCUCUUCUACGAGGCUACCGACGCCGUGAACGCUCAUAGGGCCCUAGACAAGAUUACAUAUCCAGGUGACCCUCGCGGGAUGGACGGUGUCCGCACUCAGGUCCACAAGAAGGAUGCUUAUAAGCGCAUCAAAGACCGGGCUGACGCGCUGAGGACUAGGAAGGCCGAUCCGAAGAAGACGGUGACAGAGGCGGAGCUCAAGCCUCGGGAUGUGUUCAAGGCGACAGAUCUUGAGCCCGGUAAGGGCAAGUGA